AUGGGUUAUUUCUCAGACUCUAAAUUCGACUGUGAGGUGUUCCAUUACUGCCAACCGGAUGGUACACGCAACACUUUCCAUUGCCCCACCGAUUCAAUAUUCAAUCAACUGUCUAUGGUGUGCGAAGACAAAUCAGUUUUGAACACACGGAUUUGUAAAGAGGGCACAAUAGGUACGAAAAAAGAACUGAAAACAUCAAAGAAAACUUCUGGACCCGCAGGGAAAACUUCCCCGAAAAAGAAAUACUCCGGAGAUUUGAGCAACCAUAGAUCUCACAAGUCCUUGGCACAUCUUACCCCAACGAAGCCAAUUUCAAGAUUCGCUUUACCAUUAGAAGAUCUGUUAAGUUACAUGAAUAUCGACCAGCAAGCUCAAGCUUCAUUUGUAACGCCAACAAUCGCCAAAUUAAGUGAUAAACCUAGCUCAUCUGUUGCGUUAAUUACCAGAGGGACGACGUCUGAUCCUUAUUCAAGUUUCGGCUCAAGAAAAAUAAGUAAGCCAAUGGUGACUACAACGGUAUCACUAGGCAGCAGUUAUCAGACUGAUUGGACGCCAAACGAAGAUAAAAUUUUAACUACAAGAGCGGCACCAGAUGUUUUGGAUGAUACUUCCGUUGAAUACGAUGCCAUCGAAGGAAGAAAACCCCGAAAACAUAAAAGAGUUGGUAAAGUUCUAGAUUUCAGUGAACCUCCACGAGUAAAUACAAAGCGACAAAAGCACUCACACGUGUCAGCCCGCUCUCCAACCGAUAGUCCACCAGAAGACGAUAUUUUAAAGACCACCUUCCCACCAACGACUACCACUACAGCAUCUCCUUCAAAUGGUUCUCUACGGCUUUUUUCAGCGAACAGAAGCAGAGCCAAAGAUUUUCGAAAGAACAAGCGAAGAAACCUUAAUCGACGCAAACCUUCAACGACUACUGAAAAUGGUAAUAAUACUGACAUUGCUCCCCCAGAAACAACGACUGAAAUGCAGCCAACUGAUGUUACAACAAUUCAUGGCCUUAAAAGAAAGAAAUCAAGGUACGGUGGUAUGCAGCAAAGCGAGAGCAUAGUUUCUCAAUCUUGGCUGGGAUAUUCUGAACCGGGUAAAGUUGAGCCAUAUACUUUGCCGCCAUUGCCAACAUCAGAAUUUGAAAAUCUUUUUUCUUCAACUCAAGAAAAUGAACAAAACGAAAAUUCGGAAGAAGAAAAUAAAAAUCCUUGGUACGUGACCACUGAGCCAACGACAGAUGACAUAGCAGAAGCAAAAUUUGGGGAAAAAAUAACUGAUUCUGAACACCAACAACGACGGAAAUUUAGAAGAAAGAAAAUUCUCCCAGAAACAACCGAUGAUACAGAAGCAAAAAAAUCCUCUACUUUACUAUCAGACGAUACGUCGGCAGAGGAAUAUUAUGAACAACCAAAGCCAUCAAUAAGAAAAACCCCAACAAGAAAGUUGAAAUUUAGGAACUCUAGAAGACUGGAAGAUAAAGGUUUCUAUAAUUCGCAUUCGACAACGAAGCCAGAAGAUUUAUUUCCGCCACCAAGGGCAGAACCAAGAGAACAAAAAUCCAGUCACAGACAGCAACUCUUAUUCAUAACGGACUCAAACGAGGACGAAAAAGAAAUAUUGCUCAAACCCACCGAAUCACCCUCAAAAAGCACAACUACGUAUAUCAGAAAAUACAAAAAGAAUAGCCGGACACCAGAUGAUAAUGAUGGACAUCAGUGGAAACUGGUGGAUGAUACAAAUAAAAAAAUUGAAGUGGGAUCAAUAUUUUCAUCUCACACAGCUUUAAACAAGCUAUCAUCACCAAGAAAAAAGUUUUUGGCUACCACAAAACUACCCGACAUUGAAGAUAGCAUCAGAGCUGACGAAUUACCGAAGCAUUUUCUUGCUCAGCAACAUCUUUUGAAACUUAUGAAUGAUUUUUUCGCAACAACAUCAGCAACUAGCAACUCACCAGAAAAUUGGGAUGUGGAAGAGGAGGCUGUCACACCAAGCUAUAAGGUAGCUGAUAUUAUGGAAGAAUCAGAGUCAAUAAAUGAAGAGAUGGAAGAAAUACCUUCAGAUUUAUUAGAAGUCGUUGAUUUUAUUGCUGAACAAUCAGAUGAAGAGGACCAAAAAGAAGACAAGUCUGGAUCUACCCAUGAAAUAAUAAAAAUCAAUGGACCUAUCACUGAUGCACACUUGAAAGAAAUUCUUUCAGAGCGAGGGUUUGAGAUAAAGAAAAAAGGCCGUAAGGAAUCCGUCAAAAAAUUUUUCAUCGUUCCUGACAAAGAGAAAGAGGACAAGAAAGAAUUAGCUGAAUUGGCACAAUUCGCAUCUUUGAGACUCAUACCUCUAGCAAAACACUUGAAACCAAAAAGACAGCCAGUCACUGUCAUGCCAAUGAAAACAGAGAAUUCAAAAAAGCAACCAGCGAUCGUUACGGCAAAGAAAGUUCCAGUCAGAGUGUUCUAUAAAAACCACAUGAGUGAAACAGUGCAGCAGAAAGUCGUUUUGCCAAAACCUGAAUUAAAAAUAAUUAGAUCUCGUUUACCAAACCCAAGUUUGCAAGUAAUUCAAAAUGGUAAAGUGAAACAACAGCGAACGUAUAGUCAACCACACCCGAUUCCCCAACCGCCAAUUAUUUUACAAUCACCUUCAAUUUACCCACCACACCCUCCUCCUUUACACAAAAAGUCUCCAUCUUUUAAAUUCGGAUUUCCUUUCGUGGCAGGAGGAAGAUCACUAUUACCCAGCUUCCGAAAGAUUCAAGGUAGGAAAAAGAGAUCAGUUCAAAUUAGGAGCAAAAGACAAAUGAGACCUCCAUUUCUCCCAUUUCCAAGAUCAGUGUUUCCCGCUUUUAACCCAAAAUUUAUUCCAACCUUUUCCCCAUUUAAAAGCAUUUUUUCACCCAAUGGUUUACAUACAUCAGGAUCUAGCUUAGCUCCUUUCUCCUUCUCAAUGCCAAAUCCCCAGAUAAGGACACCACCAGGCAGCCCAUCUCGACCCGUACCAGUUCGUCAUGUGACACAAGCUGGACAUCAAACAGUUAUAGUAGAAGAAGUCCCAGUUCCCAUCCACGUUGAAGUCCCAGAUCCAAAUCUCGUAAGGCCAGUACCAUCAGGAACACAUCCAGCACCUAUAUUAUCAAGGUACCCUAACAAUCAAUACAGAUCCCCUCCAGCUCUUCAAACUCCACCUCUUGUUCAAAGACCUCAGGGAAGCUAUCCACAACCAAACUACAGACCUUUUGGAAUGCCAUCUGACAUUAGACCACCAAUUGUGAAUUACCAACCCUCGGUACCUUUUCCCCAGCAGUUAAAUCCUAAUCCAGGACCAGCAUUUGGCUUGAAUGUACCACCACAACCAUAUCAUCCAAGACAACAGAUACCACCAAACGGUCCAAACAGUAUUCAAGGUGUAAUAGCUAAUUCUCAACCAGCUUUCACCCAAUAUGGUGUGCAUGCAAACAGUUAUCCUAAUUUUCAGUAUUUUCAAAGUCCUUAUGCAACAACGAUAUCAGACGAGCCGGUUCCAGGCAGGAUAAUGUACAGCGGAUAUAAGCCCCCAAAAACAACGGCAGGAACUAAAAUGCCAAAAACUACACGUCAACAAUCUCCACCCAGAAAGGAAAGACCAAACGAAAAUAAAAGACCUCAUCGCCAAAGAACAAUACCUCCUCCAUCAGGAUAUUACACUGUCACACCAAGUGCAGUAAUAGGACAAUAUGUCCAAUACCAUGAAGUCCCAAAUCAAAGAGGAACAACAUCAAGAAAUCCCAAAACAAGUAUGGUUACAGAUUAUCCAGGUCAAAAUUCAGCCAAGACUCUGAAUACAGAUCAUUCUGUGGGAAUAAAUGAUUCAGUUCCAAGGAAACGGAAACCUGGAAGGAGGAGGAGACCCAGACCACCACAAUAUAUUUCAACAACUGAAGUAGUUCCUGCAUCAAAUGACAUAUCACCCACACCACCACCACCUGAGCAGAUUCCAGCACCUCCCGCAGAAUAUACUUCAAAACCAUUACAUCGGGAAAGUUCUAGUUACUCACAAACACCAAAAGAUAAUUUUAAAGCCGCAGAAACUAGCAGUCUCUAUCCCCCAGCCGGUUACUAUGGAAAAGAUCAAGUAGUGCAGUUUUUUGAAAGGCCACAGCCAAAAGCACCAGCAUCAAAAUAUUACCAGCAAAAUGAUUUAGGUGAAUCAACAGCAAGUGCUGAAGUAGAGGAAUCAGUGACCAGCUAUUCUGAAGAAGAUCCGGAUCAACCAGUUUAUGGGGCAAGACUGAAAACAAACGAUCCGAGGCAGUCUAAGAAAAGAAGAAGACAACAUAUUCCAUCCCCUACACAGCAAACAGAAAUUCGAGUUAAUCCGGGAAGAACGAUGCAGAAUUCAGAAGGCAAAAAAGAAGGAAGAUUUUUUAAUAGUAAUGAUAGAAAAUUGAAUAACCCGGAAGAAGAAAAUAAGUCUACAAGCCAAACUGAAAAAAGAAGGCGUCCAGUUUAUAGAGCAAAAAGCCGACCUACAUCGCCAUCAAAACAAACGGGAUCAGGAAAUUUCAAGCAUGACGGUAAUUUUUACAAUGUACCGCGUGGUCUUCAAAACCUUGUUGCACCAUCACAAAAGACUUCCCAAUCCAACACAAGAGGUGCUGAUAUGUUCGGAAUACCACAUCCAGUUAUAGACCACAGCAUAUACUCAUAUCGACCAGAAGGUGCUCCAAUCGAGUUUACUUCAAGUUUUUUCAGUGUUCCACCAGAGCUUGCAAAACAACAUGAAUCGUCUGUGCGAGAAAUGAACAUGAAAGCUAUUCCUGAAUCUGCGAGAAAUUUUUUCUCAGCACCAGCUGAUGUAGCAUCCAAAUUUCGAGACAUUGAUGAUACCAAUACAAAAAAUGAACAAGAGGAAAAUAAAUCACUGAGCUCUCCAGAAGAGAAAAAAGAACAGGGAAACCAAGCAGUUCGUAAAUUAAGGAAGCCUAAGCGCAAAAACAGAUAUAAUCCACGAAACAAUAACGACAAAGAAAAUUCUGAAGUUACUGCCACUAAAUCUAGACCUGAAUCAACGCAGUCGAUUAGAGAAAAAACGACAACACCGUCAACGACAACAGAGCCUAGACCUAUUUAUUCACCUAAGCCCACAACAACAACAACACAACCUACUACAGCAGCUCCAGAGCCUGUUUUCAAACCUAGGUCUCCCCUUCUUCCGAAAACCUUACCAGAUUUCUCCAAGUCGCUUUUGAAUGGUAAACUUGAUAUUAAAAAGUUAAAUGCAACUAUAUCUACAUCAGUCUCAGUAUCUGGUCCAUUCCAGCAAGCAGAUAACACAAGUUCCGAAGAAACAUCCAACAAAAAAGUAUUUACUUCGCAAAACGGUGGCUUGGCGGUGGUGAGGAGAGAUCCAAAGAGGAAAAGAAAGCAAAAAUAUGGAGCUGAUGCAAAUGAACAUUUUGGAUCAGAUAGUGAAUCAAAUGCCAAGGCAAAAUAUGAAAUUGCAGCCAGUGUUUUGGACAUUAUAAAAGCUACAACCGAAGCAGAAAAACAGGGAGGAUCUGGUUUUUACUCAAACAAUUAUGAUAAUGGUGAAAAAUCAGCAGCCUCAAAAAUAUCAAAUUCUUGGGCGGAAAACCCAUCACUCAUAGCAUUUGAAAAUAAAAGAAUAGGUGUUCAAUAAAAUUAAACUUGACAGAAAUAUGUCAAGACAAAGCAGUUAAGAAUAUGACUGGCUGGAAAUUGUUAACGGUUAAGAAUGUGAUAAGACGGAAAUCUAUUAAACUGUGAAUGGUGAAAAAUAUGACAGGGUGAAAAUCUGUUCAACUUUGAACUAUAAAGAAUAUGACUAGAUCUAUUAAACUUUGAACUAUAAAGAAUAUGACUAGAUCUAUUCAACUUUGAACUAUAAAGAAUAUGACUAUCACACAUCGCAUAGCUCACAGAGGGCAUUUGUUUUUUCUAGCCAUAUCUUUUAAGCUAAGUUAUUGGCAAAGACUUUAUACUGAACUAUUUUAUCACAAAAUGAAUACUAAAUAGUAGUAUGCAUUUUUUUAAAACCAAUGUUGCUGGCAAUAUAGGAUAA